AGUGUCCCUGUUGACCCGGAAUUAUCAUAACAAGAGCUGCUCGGUCUCAAUCUCAAGGUUCAGUGGGUUCGAGCAGACGAGUCAUGCUCACCUCCAGUGAAGUAGAAGAUGAGGUGGAUCACUCUUUUUUCGACAGUGAUGCUGACGACGGUGGCGUCUGCAGAGAAGGAGGCGAAAAUAUGGAGAAUCCACCGGUGAAACAGAAGCUUCGAGCAAAGCCGACUAGCGUCUGCAGAGAAGGAGGUGAAGCGAUGGAUAAUCCACCGGUGAAAGUGAAGCUUCGAGCAAAACAGACUGAAAAAGCAAAUAGUGGUUUGUCCCAGAGGACUUAUGGGACAAUAAACCACCGGCAGAAAAUUGACAACAACGGAAGCAUUGGGGAAAGUAAAAAGAACAGCUGUCUGUCAAAGGAAGAAAGUAAGCGAAGGGUUUCUAACGUAUCAUCUGCAGCCUAUAUGUCAGUUAAAGGCAUCAGUGACAGCAGUGAUAGUGAGGAAGAAUACAAGGUGCUCUCUAAAAGACCCAAUAAGGCAUCCAUGGCUCUGUUGGCUGAGCUAAAUGAUAGAGACAUAUACAACCAGAGUCCAGAUGAGACUGAAGAAGAAGGGGUGUCCACUGCCAAAGCCUUGAAAUGGAGAAAUACACAAGCUUCUAAAAAAACGACAAGAAAAUUGCGCAGCCAAAUUCCAUCCCCCACCACAACCGAGGAAGCAGACUCAGAAAGCUGCUCGAGCUGCAGUUGUAGAAGGUCCUCCACCGCUCACAAACCCAAGAAGUCGUCUUUAUCGACUUCUUCGAGAGACAGACGGUCCGCAGAGGGUGGGGCGGGAUCUCAGGACCUGACCACCAGCUGUACAGAGGAGUCGGAUGAUACAGUGACAUACGUGAGCCCCCUCUCCUCUCCUGACAUCACCCCCCUGCAGUCGUUGGACCUGAUCCACGCAGAGGAGCGAAGCUCGGGUGAGCCGCAGCAGGAGAGUAUGCCCUCCAGUGGCCUCAGCGAUACAUGUCGGUACGAGGACUCAGAGUACUCCCUCAUGUCAGAUAGUCAACUUGAAGGUGGACUGGCCGCCUGCUAUCCUGGACCGAAAAACAGGAAGAACUUCUCAUUCAACAACAACGAUGUCCGGCGUAUAGAGCAGGAGAACCAGCGCCUGUUUCGGGUGCUGUCGCGCCUUUCUGCAGACUCCAGACCAGAGAGUGCGGCGAAGAAGAAAACCAAGAAGGCCAGCAACUCGCCUGCCACUCACCUUCAUCACAGCGCAGUCAACAGGAGUCGGGAUCAGAAGCGCAUCGAGACAGAGAAUCUGGCUUUUAUGAAGCGACUGCAGUCUGCCAAGCCCACAUAUGGGAUGAAGCGCUCCGAGCAGGAGAAAGAUUACCAGCGACUAGCAUCAUAUUAUGGAGGUCCUGUCUACCCACUGUCUCGGCCCUCUUCAAAGAAAGACAGGUCCUCCUUCGAAUCAAACUCAGUGGGUCCCAGGUCUGCUAGUUCCACCAACCACAGCUCCAGAGCAGUUUCCACCACCACAGACUCCGGCAGCAUGCCUGCACCCACGUCUCAAAAACAAUACAGCUACUCAAGCCGUUUUCAGACAUGA